AUGUCGCCCUUCCAAACACGAGUUAUCUCUAGAGCCGUUCGCUCGCACUCAAUAUUCAGGCAGUCCACACAAGGUCCUGCUUUUAGACGCUACGCGCAUGGGCACGCCGAGCAUCAGGAGAUACCAUUUUCAACAGAAAACAAAAAGGCUUUGGCCGCCAAAUGUGUCGCGUACAUGGGCACUGGCUUUAUGAUCCCCUUUAUUGCGGUAUAUUAUACCCUUACAAAGAACAAGGGCAAAGGCGACAAUUGA